AUAAUCUUGAUUAUAUUGUAUAAUUUUAUGAUGAUAUCUAAAUUAGAUAAUCUAAUCUAGACUUUCCAUCAUAUUCAUGCACAUAUUCAUGCAUAUAACAGCGAAGCGCGAGAAAGAUCCUCAUAUUUUCAUAAGUGUGUAAUGUGCUCCCAGAAAUGGUGUAAACAGAGUAUACAGAAGAAUAUUAUAUUAUUAAGAUAUGUAUUGAAAUAAUUAUUAUUCCGAACUCUGGUUAAUUAGACGAAAGGUUAUUUGGAUUUAAGAGCUCUAUUAUAAUUUGGUCAUAUUUAUCAUGGGCGGAAGAGGCAGAGGAAAAAAGCAGCCAGUUUCAUUCAUCAAUCCAGCAGAACCAGCGUUCAUCCGACGCAUGAAGGAACAGUUAGGUUAUAAAGAAGGCCCCAAUAUUGACACCAAGAGGGAAGAACUGGAGAAAGCAACUAUCGCCGAUGAAAUAGAUCGUGAGGAUGAACUGCCCACUGUGGUCGUUCUUAAGUCUGGCGACCUGACUGAGGAAGAGGCUAAACGAAUUGAUGCAGACGUUUUGAAGGAAGAAGAUGCCGAUUCAGACGGAAAAAUUGCAUUUAAGAAGCCAGUGAAGCGACCAGCAGUGCAGGAUGAAGCGGACAAGAUCAAGAAAAAAUUAGAAAAAAAGGAAAGCCAAAUGGCACCCGUAAAAAAUAAAAGUUUACUUUCUUUCGAUGACGAGGAGGAUGAUGAUGACUGAUGACUGUAUAACAGAGCUAAAUUGGAUUGUCCCAGCGAGAAAUUAAUGAUUAUUUAUUGUACAACGUGUAAAGUUUUAACUUGUUUUUCAUUAUAGCGUUUUAUACAUGAUUAUAUAUGUAAAUAUGAUUAUAUAAAUAUUAAAAUAAAAUAAAAUAAAACAAAUACUAUAAAUAUA